CCCCCUCCCCGCCACCCCUCCCCGCCCCGCACCCGGCGAGCUCCGCCUGCUGCGCCGAGCUCAGCUUAGCGCGAGCGGGGCUGGCAAGGCUGGCGGGGCCGCGCGGAGCGGGAGCCGUUCGUCCUGCUGGCAGCACUGCUGCCCGUCCAGUCGAGUCCUGUGCGGCGUGCCGAGCGCAUCGCACGUCCCGAGUGCCGCCGUGCAGAGUGCUUUGCCGAGCCGAGAGCGAGUGCCGUUCGAGAAGUGACAGUGCAGUGCGUCGUGUGGGCGUGAAAUGCGCAUCGUGUCUGCCGAGUGCCAUCAGCAGCAGUAGGAGCCCUCCGCCCCCAAGGACGUGUCGAACACCAUGGUGUCGUACUGCAACUCUCUCGCCAUGUACCGGCACCAGCAGCAGCCCCACCCCGCCCCCGGGUGGUACCAGUCGUACCAGCCGCAGGUGCACCCGCAGGUGCCGCAGCAGUACCUGAGCUGCGUGCAGGACGCGCACGCCGCCGCGCACCACCAGCACCAGCAGACCAUCCCGUCGUGGCACCACCCGGCGCACCCGCCGCCCCCGCACCACCCCGUGUUCCAGCCCGGGGACUGGUCGCCGUCGAGCACGCCCGACUACAUGCACCACCACCACCAGUCCCUGCACGAGCACGCCGACGCCCUGCUGCCGUCGCCGCCCAUGACGGUGUCCGGGUCCGACAUGUCGUCGCCGUCGGGGGGCACGGGCGGCACCGUCACCCCGCCCCAGUCCAGCGGCCCCGGCCCGGGAACGCCCCUGGGUACGCCCCUGGGCACACCGCGGCCCGUGCCCGCCAGGUCGCCGUUCGAGUGGAUGAAGAAGCCCUCCUACACGAGCCAGCCCAACCCCGGCGAAGCUGGGACAGAGCCAUUGAGCAAGACGCGGACAAAGGACAAGUACCGAGUCGUGUACAGUGAUCAUCAGCGCCUGGAGCUGGAGAAGGAGUUCCACUACAGCCGCUACAUCACCAUCCGCCGCAAGGCCGAGCUGGCCGCCAGUCUCGGGCUGUCGGAACGACAGGUCAAAAUCUGGUUCCAGAACCGGCGCGCCAAGGAGAGGAAGCAGACCAAGAAGCGCGAGGAGCUCGACCAUAAAGUGAAGCCGGAGGACCUGCAGCCCCAGGGCCACCAGGGCCACCAGGGCCACCCUCCGCACCUCGGCGGCCACGGUCACUCCCUCGCGCACGUGCACCACCACGCCCUCCACCACCAGCUCCACCACCAGAUGCACCACGGCCACCACAGCGGGUCCAACCCCGGCUCCACCAGCCCCCUGUCGCUGCCUCUGUCGCACUCCGGCCCGGGAGGCUCGCUCGGAGGCGGGCCUCUCGGGGGCGGAUCUCUCGGGGGCGGGCCUCUCGGGGGCGGACACGGCGGUCACUCCGGGGGCCACCUGGUGCACCACCACAUGCUGGCCAGCGCGGGGAGCGCGAGCCAGCACACCUCCAGCGGGGGUGGCGGCGGGGGCGGCGGCAGCGGGAGCAGCAGUAGCAGUGGGGGCGGCUCUUCGGCAAGCGGCCCCUUGUCGACGUCUGCCUCCAACAACAGCUCUGGCAGCACCGGGUCCGCCUCGGGGGCGGCGGCCAACGUUUCGUCCGGGGGCGGCAGCGGCUCCAUCAUGUGACCCACAGUGGAGCUGUGCCUCGGGGACGCACCGGAGGUCUGGUGAUCUCUCCUGGACCCGGAACUCAGGCCUCAGGCUCCUCGGGGCCCAAGUGCGUGGAAGGCGCGUGCCAGAGGAUGACGGACACUCGCGUGACGUCGCGGACCUUUUGAAACCGGGGGGGUGCCUGGCCCGGUGACACUCAAUGCCCUCACUCACUCACUUCCCCUUUGUUCCACGGUGCCCAUCGCUACGAAAAUGACCCGAACUUUUUAGUGAAUGCUGUUGUGGUCACCUCAGGUGUAUUUCCGUCCAAUGUUUGAGUGUUCAAUAUAAAAAUGAGAUUUUUUAAAUAGUGUUACUUGGGCUGCAAUGUUGUUUUUAACGUUACUCUAGUUUUAUGUGCAUUAUACCUUUGCCCUGUACUCCUACCUCGUUAUUCUUUUAAAUUGGUUGAUUUUAACAAUGAUUUUUGUUAACCGACAAGACAAGUGGAGAAUUCAAAUACAUAUACUGUACCAUACUUAUGAAAGAAAGGUGAUCAAUAAUCAACAUGCUUUGAACAUCAUAUUGCUUUGCUCAAACUAUCUGUUACUAUGUUGUUUAAAUAAAAAGAACAUCAAGCCAAAAAGUGCAGCGGACGAACACCUUCCCAACCGGAAGUCCUAGUCAAACGGAUUUUGUCAAAAUGACAUCAUUUUGAUGUAAGUGUCAAGAUUUUGUCAUUUUCGUUUUACGUUUUGAUGUCAUUUUGAGAUAAAGUCACAUCAAAUGAUCUCUAAUUGACAUCAAAAUGUAAAACGAAAAUGACAAAAUUUCUUGACAAUGAUAUCAAAAUUAUGUCAUUUUGACAAAAUCCGUUUGACUGGGUGUGUUCUCCAGACAGGCCAACGUCACAUGACGAGACCUUUCAUUCCCGUCCCGGCGUGGCCCAAAGCUCGUUCUGUGCAAUUUUCCCAUUUAUCUUAAGUUUGUAUUAAUUCAGUGAACACUUGUCCUUUUCUUCUGAGAAAUAUUUGUUUAGGCGAGUUGGUGAUCCCGGUGCUCCUUUACACGUACUUAAAACGUUUAUGUAUUAAUCACUCAGUGUAUGUACUGUGAUGGCAUUAUUAAACAUUAAAUAUAGAGCUUAAAAACCAAUGGGCAGCACAAGAUCCAUGUGUACAAAGUUUAGGGUGAUAAGAAUUUGUUAAAGAUCAAUGCUGUGAAAUUAAAUGUUAAUUUAGUUCUAGGCUUAAGCUAUGCGUGCCUUUUCUGAGAACUUUUGGUGACUUGUUAUCUCAGACGUAUCAAUCCGAAUCGCACACUGUUUGCUUUAAGUCAUCAAGUCACUUUGGCGCCUGUUCCGACCAUACACAAAUUGUCAGUACUGCAUCUCACAAUUUUAGUGAGUUUCAAACUAUAUGCUUUAACAUAGGGCCUAAAGUUGUUUUUUUUCUUUAAAUCGUUUAAGUAUAGAAAUUUAUAUAUAUGAAUUUAUGGAUAUAUGUUAAAAUUAUUAUUAAAAUAUUAUUUCACCUGAAUUCUCAA